CUUCCGUAAAGUCACCGUUGGACCUCCACAUUCCCCUGCGUUCACCGUCCCCCUCUGUGUGUACUCUUCUUUCAAAUAUACUGCGUCACAACACCGCUGCCGCCACACACUGUCUUCGCUCUUGUCUCGCAUCGCGGCGUCGACCUUCAUGCACUCAGCUUCAACUUUGCUGACUUAAAAUUUUUCCUGAUAUAAUUGUUUAUAGAGUUAACUGAAAUGGAGCAGAGGCUGGCUAAUGCUUUGCAUUUGACAAUAAAUGAAAAGAAAUUCAUUGAAACAGCUUUGCUUUCGGAGCUUCGAGUCGAUGGUCGCCGUCCAUUCGACUACCGUAAGCUCACUAUAAAGUUUGGCAGAGAGGAUGGGUCGUCUGAGGUGCAACUAGGGCAGACCCAUGUGAUGGCUUUUGUAACAGCUCAGCUAGCUCAGCCUUACAGAGACAGGCCUAAUGAAGGCUCACUUUCAAUAUACACGGAGUUCUCUCCCAUGGCUGAUCCUUCGUAUGAGCCUGGUCGUCCUGGAGAAUUUGCUGUUGAGUUAGGGCGAAUUAUAGACCGUGGUUUAAGGGAAAGCAGAGCUGUAGACACUGAAUCACUGUGUGUUCUUUCUGGAAAGCUGGUGUGGGCCGUUCGAAUUGAUAUCCAUAUAUUAGACAAUGGAGGAAACCUUGUUGAUGCUGCCAACAUUUCUGCUUUGGCUGCUCUCUUGACAUUUCGGAGGCCUGAAUGCACGUUAGGAGGAGAGAAUGAUCAGGAUGUUGUUGUGCAUCCACCUGAGGUUCGAGAGCCACUUCCUUUGAUUGUACAUCAUCUUCCCAUUGCUGUGACUUUUGGAUUUUUCAGUAAUGAGAAUAUUGUGGUGAUAGACCCAACCCACAAUGAAGAGGCAGUGAUGACUGGGCGAAUGACAGCUACACUAAAUGCUAAUGGUGAUGUUUGUGCUGUUCAAAAGGCUGGAGGGGAAGGAGUCUUUCAGCGGGUGAUCAUGCAUUGUUUGCAACUUGCUCAUGUGAAAGCUGGUGAUAUUACGACCAAGAUAAAAAAUGCUGUUGAAUCAUACAACACAGAAAGGACCCUUCAGAAGAUUAAGCGUCACUCUACUGAUGCCUUAAAUGUAAGUGGUUCUUCUGUUAAGCUAGAGGAAAAACAAAGGCAGUCAGAUGUUCAGAAGGAUGGUGGUUGUUUAGACCAAUCAACGCCAAAGGAUGAAGGCAGUUUCAUGGAAUGUGAUGCCACAUCAUCAAAAGUACAAAGUAGCAUCAGGGAUAAAGGCUCGCAAAAUUUCAUUGGGGGUCCCUCAAGCUGGGAUCCAUACUCUGAGGGAGUCAAUUUUGAUGAUCUUAGAGCUUCUCUGGCAUCACGUGGACAGUCAGCUACUUGCAAACAGAAGGAUUCAGGUUGUGAAACAAUGUCUACUGAAGUUAAGCUAGAGGAACAACCACAAGAUAGUAAAUUAGAUUCUUCAACAGCAAACACAACCUCAACUGCUGUGCAAAAGAUGGAAGGCAUGACUCUGAAAGAUGCAGUGAAGCCCAAGAACAAGAGAAGAAAGAAGAAAGCUGCCUCUAAUCUCGAAAGCUAGAUGAGCUGUUGUCAGUUUACAUAUUACCUCUUACCAUACAUCACAAGACUCAAGGAGAGAUAUUUAUCUUGGCUGGAAGUGAUUUGAUGACUAGAAGCCAGCGAACGUUUGACAGAUUUUUGGCCCUUCCUUAAAGCUAACUAGUUCCCUAUUACUGGGUGGAUCAAAUGUUGCUCCAUCGUCGUUGGUGGCUGUAAGGAUUCUUCCCGGUUUCAUGUUAAUCAGUUUAUAUAUUUAGCAUUUUAUUUUGACUUAGGUACACAGAUUGGUUGUUUCUACCCCACUAAGUUGCAACAAUGUGCUCUUUUGAUGCUAGAGUGAAAAAAGGAAGGAAAUUUCUUUUGUUUGUUAGUGUUAAAUGGAGAAAAAAUUGUGUCAAAUCUGUUAUUUUGAAGCCGAUGCUGCCGUAUCCUUGCUGUUUUAUUUCCUUGGAAUGACUCACGAAACAUGAACUGCUUAUGAAGUAAAGAUUAUGAUCUGAUCUGUAAAAUGCUUAAGUAAAACUUCACGGGAACUCUCCCGUGUUUUUAAUCA